UUCUCAGGACAAAGAAUCUCGAGUCGGCCAUUUUAUUGCUGACUGAUGAGGAGAAAUUUGUGAGAAAUUUUAUAAGCCUACAGCUUUACAUUCAAUGUUAUAUGUAUUCCACUUAAAAUCAAUCUCGUUGACGUUAUUAUAUAUAUUUUUUAAUAUAAGUGUUAAGUAAAUUUAUAAAAUGGAUGAUCCAAAUAGAAUGAUGGCGCAUAGCGGUGGCCUCAUGGGACCCCAGGGCUACGGUUUGCCCGGGGGCGAAGGUACGCCUGCUACUGGAGAAGGUGAAGCACGGAAACAAGACAUUGGCGAAAUCCUUCAGCAAAUUAUGAAUAUAACAGACCAGAGUUUGGACGAGGCACAAGCUAGAAAGCAUACAUUAAAUUGUCAUAGAAUGAAACCUGCUCUAUUUUCUGUUCUGUGUGAAAUUAAAGAGAAAACAGUCUUAUCACUUCGCAACACGCAAGAAGAGGAGCCACCAGACCCUCAGCUGAUGAGGUUAGACAACAUGUUGAUAGCGGAAGGUGUGGCCGGUCCUGAAAAGGGAGGUGGUGCUGGAGCCGCUGCAUCAGCUUCGGCAGCUGCUGGAGAAUGGGAUAACGCGAUCGAGCACUCGGACUACCGCGCGAAGCUGGCACAGAUCAGACAGAUCUACCACCAGGAGCUGGAUAAGUACGAGAAUGCUUGCAACGAGUUCACCACCCACGUGAUGAACCUGCUCCGGGAACAGAGUCGCACCCGCCCCAUCACACCUAAGGAGAUUGAGCGCAUGGUGCAGAUAAUUCAUAAGAAGUUCAGUUCCAUCCAGAUGCAGCUGAAGCAGUCAACGUGUGAGGCCGUCAUGAUACUGCGCUCGCGUUUCCUGGACGCGCGUCGAAAACGCCGCAACUUUAGCAAGCAGGCAUCAGAAAUACUGAACGAGUACUUCUACUCGCACCUCUCCAACCCGUACCCCAGCGAAGAGGCUAAAGAGGAACUGGCGCGCAAGUGCGGCAUCACCGUCUCGCAGGUAUCCAAUUGGUUCGGCAACAAACGCAUUCGUUACAAGAAAAAUAUCGGAAAAGCUCAAGAAGAGGCGAACCUCUACGCUGCCAAGAAAGCUGCUGCUUGGUGCACAGCAGGCGCGUCGCCGUACUCGCUGGGCGCCGCGUCGGGCACGGCCACGCCCAUGAUGUCGCCCGCGCCCACGCAGGACUCCAUGGGCUACUCGCUGCCCGCGGCGCCCUACGACCAGCCGCAGCCGCCCUAUGACGGCUCCAUGGGCUACGACCCCAUGCACCAGGAUCUCUCGCCAUAGAUCUGGCCGUUUCUUGCUGUAAGGUCGUCGUGCCGGAGCCGCGAGCCCCGCGCUUGGCCGACGGCCGCGCCUUAACACUGUAUACUAAUCUAUUUGCCAUAAUAAUUAAAAAUUAUUUUUCGAUAUUCAUAUAUUAAUAAUUAUAACGUCUGGACCCAGUAUUUGUUUCACAUUCGACAGCCAAGUAUUAGUCACGAUAUUCGGGCAGUAUUAGAAUCAAAAGUGGCGGGAUCUCGUUAUUUCAGACGUUCAUUACUCACUAAAUUCUCUGUAGUCUAUGGCGGUUUAUAUUACGAUACAUACGUAGCUUGUAAGUGGUACUGUAGUUAAUUUUUAAGUUUAGUGAUUCUGAGGUAGCAGCACAGUACAAGUAAUGGAACAGUAGCGUAACUCAGCGGUCUCUUUGAAAUUUAUACCUACGUCUAGGGUUGGUACAUACAGUCAAGGCGCAGCUAAUUUAACUCUGACAACGACCAGACCCGGUGGCGUGAGGCACUCAAUAGUUUAACCUUCCCAAGAUUGCUUAGCAUCCGUGUAAAUCAUGUAUAUGUGUGCGUGCGUCGAUUGGGACGCUCUAGUAUGAAGUUAAAAGUACUGUUCUAUUACUGUACUGUGGUAACAGCGACUGACUGCCCGACCGAUCUUUAUUUGUAUACUUCUAUGCGCCGGCGCAUUCUCUAAGUCGUCACAAAUUAAUCAGCAAAUAUAACUUACAAUAAUUGUUUUCACAUCAGAAAUUAUAUUGUUAGAAUUUUAUAUCAGGUGGAGCUUUUGGUCAAUAGUUUGCAUCAAACUCCAAUGGCUUAGGUUUUGUAUGGAUUUUGUUAUUGUCUUGUUAGCUGUAGUAAAGUUCUGUCGGUGCAGUUGGGUUCACUAGACGAAUGUGUGCAAUUUUAUAAUUUGAUUAGCAUAUGGUUGUGUUAGUGGCACUGUGUGCAGAAUGUGUUUUAGCAACACUUAAGGGCAGCAUCUUAAACCAAAAUGAAAUUAUCUUAAAUUUGUUCUUAAGCUUUAUUAAUGUCUCAAUGAGUAGAGACUUAACUCCUUCAAUAUGAUAGUAUUUCUGACCAAUCAUGGGCCGUCUUGAUUUCGAUAGCCCUAUCUAUGUGUUAGGUGUACCAGAAUAUCGCCCGCCGGCCGAGCAUGGCAAAAGCCGUACUCUCAGUCGUUGAUCAACUGGUGACCAAGGUAUACCAAGAGCUGGCGUGUAAUAAUGCUUUCCAUCAUUUUGGAAAGCAUGGUAAUAGCAAUAGGUCUCUAGGUAGCCAGAUCCGACCUGUUCUGUUCUGGACUCUUUUAGACAAGGACUGACUUCCAUUAGUCAGGGACUACACAUUUGAAUAUGAGUAUUUGAAUAAACGCGUUAGCACCGACGUCAACUCAGGGGCACACGUUCUAAGCACGAUUGGAGAAAUGCCAUCCGGCCCGCUUGACUUCUUUACUUUCAAGGAAAUCCGAGCUCGUCACAGUUUUUUAUCUGAACUGUAAAACACUCUCCAGCAAAAAUCUCUGACAAAUCGUCGUUCUCUAUAGAGACAGGAAGUUACAGUUUAAUAAAUACCAGUAUCCCACACCCAGUUUCAUAGCUCACGGUUAUAUAAGAGCUUAAACAGAACAAGGUAGUGGCAGAGAAUAUAUAAGACAUUGUAAUGUAUUCGUUUCAACCAUAUGAGAACCUUGUCCGUUUCAGUUGCUGCCCUAACUGAGGUCCGUAUAUCAGAAAUAUUCAAUCCAUAAACAAAUCUUACGGUCUCUUUCACGUCCCAACACGUUCUAUGCAUAUAGACAAAUCACGUCAUAUAAAAACAAAGCCGAAAUAUGUAGCAUGCCACAAAUUACACUGCUUCUUAACUUUGCCGCAUUUCAUCAGUUUUUUAAAAUAUUCUUGGUCAAUAAACAGCAAUGUUAAACAUUUAUUCAGUCCAGGUUUGAUGCGGACAGUUACAGUUGACACACGACUAAGGAAAAAAGUGUGCUUACAUUGUCUUAAACACGAAUGAUAUGUCCUUAUAUGUAUAGAAAUACAUUUGAUCACGGACUUCAUACGAAGACACCACUUGGAAUACGGACCUUACGCUGGUCUGUUAAGAGUAUAAAUUUUAUUAUAGUUUUAUGUUGGCACCAGUGCGGAUUUAGUUUUGUGAGUUGUCGGAACAAAAUGUCACGUGGUGCUAUCGUUGUUAGCACAUCAUUUUAAUUUUCAAUCUUAGCCGAUAAGUGUGUAAUAAGUAUUAUAAUUAGUGGGAUAUGAACUCAUGGCUUGCGUUUCAUGACUGCUGAACAUGUUUUUUAUAGCACCCAUCAGUAACAGUACAAACAAAAUGAUAUGUCAUAAUAUUUUACUGUUAAUGUGAAUCUUUCUGUAGCCUGAAAAAAUGUACUAAGGCAAUAAUAAAUUGGUAUACCAGAAGGUGGGAAGCAGGUUGAUAUAGCCUUUAUGAAAAUGAGAGGACGGACCACCCUAAGGCUAUCCAUCCUCCAUUGUCAGUCAUGGACAUCCUGAUGCAUAGGUUGUUGUCAGCGACAUCUUUUAAAAAAUUCUGUACAGUGGAGCUAUUCUUAUUUUGUGAUGCAACUUGCAACGUGUUAUUUUAAAGUGAUAUCCCCUGACUUCUGGGAUAAAUAAUACAAAUUAAAUUUGAAACCAAAAUUUAUGAACGAUGCGGGACUCGAACACCUGUCGGGUUCCAUCCUUUAAAAUAACUAUAUUGUUUAUAUUUAAAAUAGCGAUAUUUCAAGUCAAUUUCCUAAUAUGCAAUUAUUGGGGUUGAACAGGGUAUCAACUGUAAAGUACGUCCUGUAGAUGGAGCCACAACCUGAGAUACGUCACUAGGAUGGUUGGCUCAGUUUGUAAGAGCGCUUGAACGGAACCCGAGAGGCAUAAUAGUUUUUGAUGUCGGGUUCGAGUCGCGCAUCGUCCAUUUUGGUUACAAAUUUAAUUUGGGAAAUUUGCAACACCCAUUUUCACCGAAUGGACAAUUUCACAGGAAAAUUUGCGAGCGUACUCACGUAAACAGCCGGAAAUGCUCAUUUAAUUCCUUUGGGUUGCAAGACUAUGAGGAAUUACCAUCAAGAGACCCAUAUUUUCGUUUACCCUCCUCUUUCAAUAAAUUAUUAGUGCAGUAAUAUUUAAUAUAUUUAAUCACUUUAUGAAACAUACAAUGUUUAAUUAUUUAAAAGACAUAUUUUCAUGUUUGUUACCAGUAACUCAGUCUAUCAUAGUAACCGCAAGUCGUGAGUUUGAAUCCUACUCGCCAAUAUUUGUAUAUUUAUCCGUGUUUAAUGCUUUUGAUAUGAAAUCUUAAGUUGAUGUUGUAUAUUUAUUUGGUCGUUUUUAGCGAUGUGAACAGAUCUAACGAAUACGAUAUACGAUUAGUUUAACGAUAGUUCGGUUACGAAACGUAAGUAGGUGUAAGUGAUGUGUUCUCUAUCGAUAUCUGACACAGUAUACGAGAUGAAAUUGAAUCAUGUUUAUGACUUUUACAAUAAUCACGUCGCCGUAGACUUGCACAGUGACACGCCCGCGCCGCAUGUCAUUGAUCAAGGUCACCUUGUCAAUGUGUGACUGAAACAAAAGAUUUGUUUAUUUUAUGGAGUAUAUUUUUUAUGCUAAUGAAUUAUUUUUAUUUUCAGUUGUAUUAUUUAAUAUCGAAUGUUAAUUUAUUGUUUUAGCUUAUUUGAUUAUUUUAUUGUGUUGUAUGUUUAUUAUAAUAGCAGAUUACAAUGGAUUCUUAUUUGAAACUGUGAUUGAAAGGGUAGCUAGAUUUAUCAGUAAUUUUUCUUAAGUAGUCAUCCAGAUUUUAAACAACAUCACAAUAUGACUUUACAAAAUAGAAAAAGAAGAUUGUUAAAAAAGUACGUACCGUUUUUCAAUUUAUUAUUAUUAAAAAAUAACGGGUUGCACUCUGGCAGUGUCGGCAGAUGUGAAAACUUGAACAUCAACGUUGUGCUUUUUGAAUAUUUUGGAAUGGUUAGUGCAUAACUUCACACGAAUUGCUGUAUUUAUCAGUAUAAAAGGAGCUAGCAUAUUUAUGUCGUUAAAUAGAAUAUCAAUUUAUUUUUAAAAUUCAUAAAAAAUUUAACACUUCAGAACUAUUACAAUUGUUUUACAUUAAAAAGUUUAUCUCUCAGAAAAAUCAAAAUUCAUCCAUAACUGUCCAAUGACUGUCUUACGAAUUUUCGAUCAGGUCACGUGUCCUGACGCGAGUUUAUCAUUUUAUACGCCGCUAAAGAAGCUUUCACUUCAAAAUAAAAUAUUUUAUGUAAGCACAAUUAUUUACUAUAAAGUGUUCAUUUUAGUUUUUAUAUAAAAGAAAACAUGAUUGAUAGUGAUUAUGUGGUGCGAUUUAAUUGGUUAAGUCAUUCUUCAGUAAUUUACAUGUUAUGAAUGUGAUCAAUAAUUAAUAAUAUAUGUAUCAUUGUUUUGCAAAAGGCGGGGCGUGUUAUUGUACAGGCCACAAGGCCAGUUUGUGUUAAUGAUACGAUUAUAAAAUAGUAAAUAGUUUAAUGAACUGUGCGAAGUAAGAGCGACGUUAACAAACAAACACAUGUAUACGAGACAGUUGUAUGUUGACCAUCAUGAUAAUACAUAUUUGUGUAGUUA